CAUGUAAUAACAAGCGACUUUUUUAUUUAAUUUUUUAUUUGCGGUGUAUGUAGUACUUAUGAUUAAUAACAGCAACAUAAUCAUGUUUUCAAAGUAUGUUUGGUUAUUACCGUUAUUUGCAUCUGUAUAUUUAUUAUAUUCGAAUGAUUAUCUGAACGAUGUCAGACUUAAUUUUAUGGAAAAAUGGUUAAACGCUAUUAAAAACGAUUAUUUUGAUUUCAAUGAAGAAUCAGAUUCAGUGUUAAAUGAUGACCAGAAAAUGUUUACAUCAAAUGAACUUAAGAAAUAUACAAAUUUGAAAGAUGGUUUGUAUAUUUCAAUAUUGGGUCAAGUUUUUGAUGUCACAAAAGGAGCAAAGCAUUAUGGACCCAGUUCGACUUAUCAUGCUUUCACUGGCCGGGAUGCAUCAUUAGCCUUUAUUACGGGGGAGUUUAAUGAUAAUGGCUUGACAGAUGACAUUUCUUCAUUAUCAAUGCAACAAGUAAAAGCGUUGAAUGAUUGGGUACAAUUUUAUAAUGAGAACUAUGUUUAUAAAGGGAAAUUAAUUGGUAGAUACUAUAAUGAAAAUGGUACACCAACUGAAGAAUCUUAUAAAGUAAAGAAGAUAUUAGAACGUAUGAAGGAGGAACAAUUUCAAGAAGAACAUAAAAAAAGGAUGUUCCCACCUUGUAAUAUAGAAUGGAAUCCAGACUCUGGAACUGUAGUAUGGUGUUCUAAAAGAAGCGGGGGAAUAGAAAGAGAUUGGAUUGGUGUACCAAGAAUGUUAUAUGAUUCUCCAAGCUCUCAUCAGUAUAGAUGUGCAUGUGUCAAACUUGACAGUAAAGAAUAUGAAGAAAAUAAGGGCAUGAUUAGAGAAUACAUUCAAUGUCCAAAUACUGCAACAAAAUGUGCUGUGAAAACAAAUAAUUUAUAACAAAUUGAGACAUCUUAGCAUUAGUGAUCACAAUAUGUUAAUAUUUACAUUUAUAAUUCUAUGUAAAUAUUUGAUUUUUACUAACUUUUAUAAAAAUGGAAAACAACUGUAGUACUUCUUCAUUAUCUUGAUACAAUUUGAAUAAUUUAAUUUUUUUCUCAUUAGUUACAGACGAAGCAAGGCAAAUGUAACAGGUUUUCGUUACAUUUAUCUAACAUUAAAAUAAUUUGAACCAAGAUAAUGAGAAAGUACUAUAAUUUUUUAUAUAUUUUGAUACGGUAUAUUGAAAUACAACUAUAAAUAAUUUGUAAUACAAAAUACAAUAUAUUUAUAAAGAACAGUACAUCAUAUUUGUUCAUUAAGAAUGUUUAUAGCACUUUUCGUGUUGUCAGUCUUUCUCAGUUUGUGCUGUUUUAAAAGUUCAAUAAAUUGCUUAUUAUUGUUACAAAAUACAAUUUGCCAAACUUUGAAAGCACAUACAGUAUAAUACUAUAUAUUACUUAAAUGCAUUUGGAAAUAAUAUGAUUAAACAAAGAUGUAUAUAACAUCAAACUUAUGCAAAAUUAUAAAUUAAAUUGUUUUAUGGAUUUCACCUAAUAAUCUUAAAUUUUUCUGGUAAUACUUAUUUUACCAGAAAUCCACAUGUGAUAUCAGUGGCCUCAUAGCACAAUUGAUAUAUUUUGAAAGAUUUCUUCGAUGCAUAUGUAUGAACAUAAUGUAGUAUAUAAAAAUGUUUGUUAUGUAAUUAAUAUAUUUUAAUUUUAAGUACCUUUUAUGCUAUACUACUUUCAAUAGAUAUAUCAAAAAUUAAAAUAUAAUGCUACAAAUUAGAAUCUUUUGAAAAAAAAAAAAGAAA